UUCGCCCACCUGUUGAAAGAACGAUGUCUCCUGUGGUUGAGAUACGCUCAUCUAAAACUUUCGAAACGACGCAAUAAAAAUGAUGGACGAUAGUCAGAAGUUGCAUCAACUGACAGAAAAUAUUCAUGAGAAUCUGUUACAGAAUUUCACACCGGGAUUAAAACAGUUCAUCAGUGCUGGACGCGCAUAUCAAAGAGCUCUACAAAAUGCCUCCCAGUGUGCGCGGGUAUACAUCGAAUCACUUGUCAAACUCGCUCAGAGCGCACAGAUCUGCAAGGGUGCAACUAGUGACAUUGGUGCUGCUCUUAUUCAAAUAGCAGAGGUGCUCAAGGAAAUACAGACCCAGGUCAAUGACAAUUUGAAGGCGUUUCAGUCUGAUCUGCUCCUACCACUUGAGUCCAAGCAGGAAAAUGAUUUCAAAAACAUUGCAGGCGAACAAAAGAAAUAUGCUACAGGGAACAAAUAUCACUACCAGGCAUUACUCAAGGCAAGGGAGGGUCUCAAGAAGGUACAGAAGAAAGGCAGGAUGAAGGGGAUGAUGGAGCCAAAAGAGAUACAGCAAUUACAGUUAGUUGGUGAUAGACAGGCAAAGCUUGAUGAAUUCAGAAUUGAUGGUGCUAAACUGGCUUUGCUUGAACAGAGAAAACGGUACUGCUUCCUUUUGGAUAAGAUCUGUAUCACUGCCAGGAAUCAGGCGGCACAUCAUAAUAAGGCCAAUGAGCUCCUGACCCACCGACUGCAAGACUGGAGUGAACUUUGCAGGAAACCCAAUGUAUUACCUGAGGCCUCUGAAGUGCUACUGCAUAUAUCCUAUGACAAUGAGAGAAGAAAGAGAAAAAAUAGCAAGGACCAGUUUUUCCAACAGGAAAAUUCCGACCAGUUGAGACGACGUAGUAUUGAUUUUGAUCGGAUGGCCCCUGAUGGUGGCAGUCAGACCACCUACCCAAGUGGUACGAACCAAAGGCCAGAGUUCAAUGGCAACGUUAAUAGGCAAGAUAAUGGACAACCUAACUAUCCUGGGUAUGGCACAGGGUGGACAGAACAUGUGGGAGCUGCUACUCUCCCUCGUACUAUCACAGUACCAUCCCCCGUCGCCGCCCAGGGCAAGCCUCAGGUCCGGGCCAUGUACACGCACAUCGCAAAUGGUGAUCACCAGUUGAGCUUCACGGAGGGAGACAUCAUCACGUUGGUAGGAGAUAGGAAAGAUGGAUGGCAUUAUGGAGAAAACACUCGCAGCGGAAGAUAUGGCUGGUUCCCCAUUUCCUUUACCGAGACCCUGGACCCAAAUGAAGAACCAAAUCCUCACCCACAUGCUCAGCGAUUCAAGAGUAUGGGUGACAUCACAGAGACGCCAGACCGACGUCAGAUGAGUGGCCCAACCCAGAAUAGUCUUGAUGUCCAUUCUCACAAGCCAACUGCUGCCACGUCACCGGGUCAUCGCCCACAACAUCCUCAGCUUGGGGCAAAUGAUUGGUCAACUGGACCAGACGUCAGGGCAAAUAGCCCCUACCACCCAACACCGCCCCAUCAGCGGCCUCCAUACCCCCGGGAGAAUUAUGGGAUGACGAGACUGAGUCCAGAUAAUCCUGAUGUCGAGUUCCGCCAGAAGUCCAUGCCUGAUAUAAGAAUGACUGAAGAUUACCGCCGGCAGCCAACAGACCCCCAGCCUCCUCCACCUCCUCCUCUACCAGGACAGAACAGCCACUUCUCCCCGAUCAGCAGAGACAACAGACGAUCUGUGAUGCCUCCAGCCAUGGAACAUUCGGAGAGUGAUGGAAGCUUGGAGACAUACAGCCGGCCGCAGCCUGCGAGGCAGUCAAUAUACCAAGCACCCCCUCCUCCUCCACCCCCACCACCACCUGGUGGCUCGAAACGGAACAGCUAUGCGCCCCCAAUUCAAACCACUCAUUCGAAUCUGAAUCACUUGAUGAACGGGCAGCAUGAACAGAAGAAUGAUCCUCGGAUGGAACGGGAUUCGCGUAUGGAUCGGGAUCCCCGUGACCCGAGAGGGUAUCCUAUGAUGCCUAAUGACCCACAUGCAUACCAUGAUCAAGGGUAUGGUGACCAGGGUGGUGUGUACUCAAACAUCCCGCAGAGCCGGAGCUACGGAAGCGACGAAGGACAAUCAAGCUAUCUUAGCAGACGUACCUUGCAGAUGGGUCAAGCUGGUCCCCCAGGCACGCAAAUGGGUCAUCCUGGGCACCAAGGCCCACAAAUGGGACAACAUGGACCCCAACAUAUGGUACCACCUCAACGUGAUCAGCAAUAUAGGCAAAACUAUCGACAAGAUAAUGGUCCAAUGCAUCCGGCGGCAGAUUAUAAUGAUGAUGAGGAGCCAAGGGAUAAUCCGUUUGCUGCGCAAAAGAAUCGUUUAAGGAAGUCUGUUAUUAAUGACAGAUCGGCCCCUAUUAUCAAGUAAGGCAGCUGACUUGCAUGAAAUUGGAAGAUGACAGAAGUUUGAUUGUGGAAAAAGUAUCAAAACUGCUGCUCAAUGUGUUAUGAUCUUAAAUUUGCAAAGUUGACGAUUGGCAUUUUAUGAAUUCAAAACUGUUUUGUGAUGUAUUUUGUCAGUGUUCUUUUGCUGGCUUUUGCUAUGUGCCUUGAUAAAUGAAAAAUUUCUGUUCUCACUCUCGAUACUCUGGAAUAAAGAGGAGGGUCAUCAAAAAUCCAUAUAUAUUUGUAUUUUGGCCAUCCAUAACCAGCUUCUAUGACGCAAUAGUGUUUGCAUGCUUUUUCAAACUCAGGCAGACCUUGCACUCAUACAAUCGUUGGGCUACAUCCUGAAAUUACAUCUGACCAGCACUGUACUGUGAUGUCAUAAUGGUUAAAUUCUCAUACCAGAUGGGCACAUGAUAUAGCCACAGGUUAUUUGAUCUAAUGAAUGUUUUUGUUGUGAGAGACGCAUUUUGCUCAGCACCAACAAAUCAUAGUGGUUUUAUGUCGGAUAAGAGACUGGAAAUAGCUUAUAUUUGAUGCACGGUUUGGUUUCAAAUGGUCAUGGUCGGACAUGGUCAUUCUGUUGCAUGAAACUGUGCACACUACAAGGUAUAUGAUAUGAUAAGAAAUCAGAUUUGAUAUGGUAGAAGAAAAAAAUAUUUCUUAUUUUCUGUAUAGAAGGAAUCCUGUAUGUUUUGCAGGAAUCCUGUAAUGAUAUUUGCAACAGGUUUGUUAAGUAAAAUUU